CAGAGGGGCGGCGGGAGCGGACGUGGGAGUCCUAGCUGAGUGUCAGGGCGGGAGGCUCCCGUUGGAGUUGGGAUAUUUUGGGCAUGAGCCUGGCUCAAGUUGUGACUGACUAGCCCAUGUGACCUGGGGAUCUGGAGACAUCCCCAACGGAUGGUUUCUGCCCAAGCCUAAACAGCCAGGACCAGAGCGCUACGUGCACGGAAGGGCCUGCCAGGGGAAUUUUCCAAGUGCUCCAGCCCCAGGCCUUGCACUCCUGAGGUCAGCUGGGGAGGCCAGCAGUGCCAGUGGGAUCUGAGGAGCGGCUAUAGCCCAGGCCAUGCCGGGCCAGGGACUGCCCCUGCGUGUGGCCACCCUGCUGACGGGGCUGCUGGAAUGCCUGGGCUUUGCGGGCGUCCUUUUUGGCUGGGCAUCCCUGGUGUUUGUCUUCAAAAAAGAGCAUUACUUUGAGGAGCUGUGUGAACCCGAUGCCAGGCUGAUGGGCAAUGCCACGGGCAUGGAAGACUGCAAAGCCCAGGAUGAGAGGUUCUCACUCAUCUUCACCCUGGCGUCCUUCAUGAACAACUUCAUGACCUUCCCCACCGGCUUCAUCUUUGACCGUUUCAAGACCACCGUGGCCCGCCUCAUAGCCAUAUUUCUCUACACUAGUGCCACGCUCAUCAUAGCCUUCAUCUCUGCAGGCUCAGCGAUGCUGCUCUUCCUGGCCAUGCCCAUGCUUUCCGUUGGGGGAAUCCUGUUUCUGAUGACCAACCUGCAGGUUGGGAACUUAUUUGGCAAACACCGCUCGACCAUCAUCACCCUCUACAAUGGAGCAUUUGACUCUUCUUCGGCCGUCUUUCUCAUCAUUAAGCUCCUUUAUGAAAACGGCAUCAGCCUCAGGGCCUCCUUCCUCUUCCUCUCUGUCUGCAGUGUGUGGCAUGUUGGGCGUACUUUCCUCCUGAUGCCCCGGGGGCACAUCCCCUACCCACUGCCCCCCAACUACAGCUAUGGCCUGUGCUCUGGGACUGGCACCAGAGAGAAGAAGGAGACAGCCAAGUCCAAAGAGCUGGACCUACAGGCUAAGGAGUUCCUGCCACCAAAGGAAGAGAUCCCAGGACCAGGGCAACUGGAUGAACCCCAUUCUUUCAAGAGUUCUGUUUUCUCCCUGCGCUUUGCCGGGCACCUGGUGUGGCUGUCUGUGAUACAGUUGUGGCACUACCUCUUCAUCGGCACCCUCAACUCUCUGCUGACCAACUUGGCCAGUGGGGACAGGGCUCUGGUCAGCAGCUACACAAAUGCCUUUGCCAUCACUCAGUUCUUUGGAAUGCUGUGUGCCCCCUGGAACGGCCUGCUCAUGGACCGGCUUAAGCAGAAGUACCAAAAGGAAGCGAGAAAGACAGGUUCUUCAGCCUCAGUCGCAGCCCUUUCCGCAGCGGUGCCUUCGCUGGCCCUGACGUCUUUGCUGUGCCUGGGCUUUGCCAUCUGUGCCUCGGUCCCUGUCCUCCCCCUCCAGUAUGGCACCUUCGUCCUGCAAGUGAUCAGCCGCUCCUUCCUCUAUGGGGGCAACGCUGCCUUCCUCACCCUUGCCUUCCCUUCGGAGCACUUUGGGAAGCUCUUUGGGCUGGUGAUGGCCCUGUCAGCCAUCGUGUCUCUGCUGCAGUUCCCCAUCUUCAUGCUCAUCAAAGGCCCCCUCCAGAACGACCCGUUCUACGUGAACGUGAUGCUGGUGCUGGUCACUCUCCUGACCUUCGCCCACCCCGUCCUGAUGUACCUCGAGUGCCGGAAGAAAGCAACCGCCCCUGCAGCUACUUUUUAGCCCUCAGAUGCUGUUGUUUAUCUUUCUUGGAGCACCCGUGUCCAGAAAGACUUUGCCCACCCUGGCUACUUGUAUUAAGUAGCCAUUAUUAUUAUUAUUUAAAUAUAUUUUUAUUGACUUCAGAGAGAGGAAGAAAGAGGGAGAGAGAUAGAAACAUCAACGAUGACAGAGAUUCAUUGAUCGGCUGCAUCCUGCACGCCCCACACUGGGGAUCAAGCCCGCAACCCAGGCAUGUGCCCUGACCGGGAAUCAAACCAUGACCUCCUGGUUCAUAGGUCGAUGCUCAACCACUAAGCCAUACCGGCUGGGCAAGUAGCCAUGUUUUUAUCUUUUUAAAAAAAGAUGUAUUUAACUACCAGUCGAGACUUUUGAUCAGCAGGAAAAGAAUCUCAGUUGCCAGGCUGAUUGACAUCAUGUAGACCCGAGGCAAAGGCACGGGGAGGUUCUCUCUGGUCCAGGGCAGGAAGCCCAGGGCUUCGGCAGACUUGGCCCAGGGGAGGUGAUGUGACGGUUGGCCCUGAGGCCCCGAUGUGCCUGGGCUCUGUGCUGUCAGGUGGAUUUCCAGGUGAAGAGCCAGGUCAGGUCGUCAUGCCUCAGCUACGCUGUCUGGUGUCUAGAGGUGGCACCCAGCUCCCCCUCACAGGCACAGCCUUGGUGGUAGGAUGGCAGAGAGCCGUGGAGAGGAAGAGGAGCAGACAGGGUGGGGGUGGGGUCCCUGGACCUAAGUCCCAGCUCUGCCGCUGAUGCUGGAGGACCUGAGGCAGACCCUUGUCUGGUCUAAGCGUCAAUCUUCCCAUCUGUAAAACGAGAGGGUUCUGGAGUUGGAGGUUCUUCCUGAAGUUCCUGAAGGCUUUAAGAACAGUGAUGGAGUCAGGCCACCCAAGGAGCCUUGGGAACCAGCUGGCCUGCUUGACCGAAGGAUUUCCAACGAAGCCUUUUAGGCAUGUUUUCAUCUUCAAGAAGGGGCAUGAUUACUUAAACUUAGAGUGUUAAACAAAAAUUUCCUCUGGGGGAUAAUUUUGAGAUAAAUAAAGCAUCUCUGCCUAAGGCAA